AUGCACAGCUUAACAGAUUCCACCCCUGCCCGGACAAUUUGGGUCUACCGUAACGGGGAUCCGUUCUACUUGGGGAGGAAAUUUAUAAUCAACCCUCGAUACGUGCCCACCUUUGAAGCCUUAAUGAUCCAGCUGAAUGAAGGUGUGCCAACACCCUUUGGGGUGCGGAAGCUCUAUACACCCAGUCAAGGGCAUACUAUUACAGACCUACCGGAAUUGCAGCAGGGAGGUAGAUAUGUGGUUGCUGGCAGGGAGAAGUUUAGGAAGCUAAAUUACUCUGAUAUAGGGACAAAGAAACCUCAACGAAAGAAGAGGGAUGAGGUGAUUCGACCAGUAGUCCAUAGUAAUAUAAAAGUUCCUUCCAAAUGGCAAUCAAUUUAUAAUAAACCAAGAAAUAUUAAUGUUUUCACAAAUGGAAAUCUCUUGAUACCACCCAUGAAAAUCCUUAUACCUAGAUUUACACUAAAUAAUUGGAAUGGCGUCCUAGCACUUGUAAAUGAAAAAGUAAUUCCUCAAUCUGGGGGUAUUCAUAGAUUGUUUACUUUAAAUGGUCAGCCUGUAGAUGGACCUGAUAAAUUAGAAGAUAACCAAUUUUAUAUCGCGUGUGGCAGAGAAAGAUUUCAGCAUUUGCCAUACUGGCAUCAUCCUAAGGUUCCAGAAAAUAUUCGUCGGGAUUUUUCAAAUUCACCAGAACCUCCAGAAAAGCCCCCUAUGAAAAAGCCUCCUAUAGAAGCACCUAAGCAAAGAAAUCGCAUUGUGACUCCCAUAGAAGUAUCAAGACAAGGAGGAGGUGAUAGGAUCUCCGUUUAUUAUGCCAAAUCUGACAAAGCAAGUCAAGAAAAACAGGCUCCUAGACCUGUGUCUCCCAAUGAUGAGCAUAGUGUUUAUAUAGCUCGUAAAUCCCCGACAGAAAUUGAAGGGGCUCGUGAGAUUCAAGAAGACAAAGAUGUUAAAGUGGAAAUACCUAUUGAUCAGGUUCCAGCUGAGAUCAUCCAGGAUGAGGAGAUUUAUGAAGAUCCUGGGAAUCUAAAAGAGCAGGCUCCAGCUGAGAUUGUUCAGGAUGAGACAAUUGAUGCUGAGAAUAUAGAGGAACAGGCAAAAGAAGGUGAGCAACUGCAGUCUUUUUAUAGUGGCCGAACUGGCAUGGAAGCUAACUAG